CAGUGCGCAGGCGCGGGAACGGCGCCCUAAAAAGUUUGCCCAAGUUGCGCCGAGGAGGUGGAGGCGGUGGCAGAGGCGGUGGCAGAGGCGGUGGCAGCGGCGGUGGCGUCGGGGACCAGGUGCCCCCAUGGCAGGCUCGGAGGAGCUGGGGCUCCGGGAUGACACGCUGAGGGUGCUAGCUGCCUUCCUUAGGCGGGGUGAUGUGUCUGGGUCCACCGUUACAGCUCCACCCAGGAGUCCUGCCCAGGAGCAGCCAACAGAUUUCCUGAGCCGCCUUCGCCGAUGCCUUCCCUGCCCCCUAGGGCAAGGAGACGUUCCCCCUGACUCCCCUCGGCCUUGCUCCCUGCCCCUCCGCCCCUGCUACAGAUCAGGGCCUGGCCCAGCUACUCCAGACUUCUAUGCCCUGGUGGCCCAGCGGCUGGAACAGCUGGUCCAAGAGCAGCUGAGAUCCCCACCUAGCCCAGAGUUACAGGGUCCCCCACUCACGGAGAAGGAAGCCCUGCUGCGGAGGCUGGUGGCCUUGCUGGAGGAGGAGGCGGAAGUCAUCAAUGAGAAGCUGGCCUCGGACCCCGCCUUACGCCGCAAGCUGACCUGCCUCUCCACCGGCUCGUUCGCUCGCCUCGUGGAGCUCUUUUCCAGCCGCGGGGAUGGCCCCGGCCCCCGCCCCCGCCCCACACGCGCCUCGCAGCCGUGCCCCGGGCCCCCGCCGCCUUCCCCGGAGCCUCUGGCGCGCCUGGCCCUGGCCCUGGAGCUGAGCCGCCGCGUGGCCCACCUGGGGGGCACCCUGGCCGGGCUCAGCGUGGAGCACGUGCACAGCUUCGCGCCGUGGAUCCAGGCCCACGGGGGCUGGGAGGGCAUCCUGGCCAUCUCGCCUGUGGACUUGAACUUACCCCUGGACUGAGAUUAUCCUCAGAAGCUGCUACAAAACUCGACCUCAUGUCCCCCAACCUCAGGUGCUGUGCCAGGCCUCCCUGCCCCACUCGGGAUAGUGGGGGGAGGCUGCCUUUUCUAUUUUUGCCAAAAAAAAAAAAAAAAAAGUUUAUAAACUCUUCUUUUCAUAUUAAAAAUUUUUAAGAGUUUUGUUUGUCAUUUCACUCAAGAGCUAAAGUGUCACCUUCCCUAAGAAGAGGAGAUUGAGCUCAAGUAUCUGUGGUUAAUUCAUUAAGGAAAGAACCAAAACAUUCUUUCUAGAAGUAUUCCUUUUGAGUACCUUCAAGAGUCGUCUCUUGGUAGCAUUCUUGAUGAUAUCAUUAAUUACAUUUUUCCCUAUUGUCACAGUUUGAUUAUCUGGCUGUUAUCCCGUAUGGAUGUCCUUGAGUUUUUCCAGCCAGUCCGGGAAGAAAGUUACCAGCUUCUCUCAUGGGGUUUCCGUAGGCACUGUCCACUCCUAGUUUUUCUCCUCUUUUCCCAUUACUCCUUCUGGACCUUUUUGGCUGGUUGCCCCCUCCUCUACCUAUAAACCAGGGGUUUGUCACCUUUUUAGGGCUCUGGACCCCCUCACAGAGUAAUGUUUCUAAAGGCAUAAAGUGAAAUGCACAGGAUUCCAAAGGAAACCAAUGGUAUGGAAAUAAAGUCACCAGCAGUACUCUAAAAA